CACACGCAGACACACACACAAACACACACAUCACCAGGAGCCGAAGCUGCCGCAAAGCCCCGUCCUCCAGGGGCUUUUAAAGCACAGUGUUCACUUCACGCUCCAACAAUAUCACGCAGCCGCAGCGCUGAAUGCACUGAACCGACUUGACCACCGUGGGAACGACGACCGCAAACCGGAACGACGACUGCACCGUCAAACCAAACAAAAAAAAAAAAAAAGAAAAAAGAAAAAGAAAAGGGGGGUUCGAGUCAAAGAGUUUUUAACCCCUAAUCCGCCGCAUCGUAUCGUAUCGUAUCGCUGCUGUUUCUGCUGCUGCUUGGGGGGGAAGGUAGCCCUGAGAAAACGGGGACGGCGCCUCGGUGCAAUGUGAGCGAGCGACCGGGGGUCGGUGACCGUCAUUCCUCCCUUAUCUCUCCAUGCGUUUGGGGCUGGAGCGCAGACUCUCUGGUCGCAGCUCGCUCGGUCCGGCCGCGUUGAUGCAGCAGCGCACGGCUGUGCUGCUCAAAUCCUCCGCCGGGUCUGGGAUAAAGACAAUAGGUGAAACUAUACGCGGACUCCCGAGACAAGACUGCACCCAGCGACAGUCUGCACCCGCCGGGGCUCCACUAGUGUCCGUGUAAGGGAAUCUGCUCAGAGAGUGAAGUUAACAGCAGCCGACAGGCGUCUGCAGCCAGGAUGGCGGCCGUGGUGAACUAUUCUCCACCGUGGUGGGUGAAUCUGCUCCACCGGUUGCCUCAUUUCAACAUCGAGUUUCAGCCGGUGAGCAGUGACUUCAGGCCCGAGGACUCCGAGUACCAGAAGUCUGUUUUGCUCCUCGGUUCUGUGGCUUUGGUUUGUUUGGGCCUGGACCUCCUCUUCCUCCUCUUCUACUCCUUCUGGCUUUGCUGCCGGCGACGCAAGAGUGACGAAUCUUCACACUCCCAUUCACACUCCCAGCAGCCGAGCGCCGACUGCUGCUGCACCGCCUGGUGCGUCAUCAUCGCCACACUUGUCUGCAGCGCUGGCAUCGCUGUGGGAUUCUAUGGGAACGGGGAGUCGAGCGAUGGAGCCAACCGUUUGGCAUACUCCCUCCGCCAUGCCAACCGCACCGUAUCCGGGGUGGAGAAACUGGUGUCAGACAGCGCCCUAGCCUUAAACCAGACUGUGGAGGAGAGCUUGGUCCAGUUAGAGACGGCCUUCCAGGAUCAGACGGACUAUGUGUCCAUCGUCCAGAAGCUGCAGGGACAGCUGGACGAGCUGGUGAGGCUGAUGGUGGACGUCCCCUUUUGGUCCAACACUGACAUCUCCCUGGAGGACUUGGCCCGCAAGACAGAAGCAUUUGACUUUUACAGAUGGCUGGGGUACCUUGGUCUGCUGCUGUUUGACGUACUCAUUUGUCUUCUGGUGCUGUUUGGCCUGAUACGCAACUCCAGAGGCACUCUGAUUGGAGUGUGUCUUCUGGGGGUUCUGACUCUGAUAAUCAGCUGGGGGUCUCUGGGCCUGGAACUGGCUGCCGCUGCUUCAGCCAGCGACUUCUGCGUUUCCCCGGAUACUUACAUCACCACGGUAACCAAGGAAAACGCCGUCAUCAACCAAGAUAUCCUGCAGUAUUACCUGAAGUGCAGCUCCGGCCAAAUUAACCCGUUCCAGCAGAGGCUGUCAGGGAGUCACAAAGCCUUGGUGGAGAUGCAGGAUGAUGUGGCAGAGCUACUGAGAUCAGCAACACGUGAAUAUCCCAACACUAAGGGGAGUCUGGAGCAGAUCCAGUCCGUGCUGAAUUCGACCGAGGUUGGUCUCCACCAGCUGACUGCUCUGGUUGACUGUCGCAGCCUACACAUGGACUAUGUCCAGGCGUUGACCGGGCUGUGUUACGACGGGGUGGAGGGUCUCAUCUACCUGGUUCUCUUCUCCUUCGUCACCGCCCUGAUGUUCUCCUCCAUCGUGUGCAGCGUGCCGCACACUUGGCCUAGCAAGAGGACGGAUGAGGAGGACGGAGAGGACGAGUCGGGUGCCUCGCGCGGGGGCGUGCACGAUAACCUGUACCGCGUUCACAUGCCCAGUCUCUACAGCUGUGGCUCCAGCUACGGUAGCGAAGCUAGCCUGCCCGCUACAGCGCACACUGUCAGCAAUGCCCCCGUCACUGAAUACAUGAGCCAGAACGCAAACUUUCAGAACCCUCGGUGUGAGAACACCCCCCUGAUUGGCAGGGAGUCCCCUCCACCCUCUUACACCUCCAGUAUGAGAGCGAAGUACCUGGCCACCAACCGACCGGACCAGAACCGACGCUCCGUUCCCAACGACCAACUGGAUCCCUCUAGCCGGCCUCACCCCGCCGCCCGACCACAGUCCUCGGUCCACUAGAGACCAGCUCAAGCCCAACUACUGCCUGAAUCCAGUUCUCACAGCCAAUAGCAAGACGCAGCACAGCAUCCAACCACAGCUGUGGACCCCUUAGUUUGCCGAGGGUCCACUUGGUUUCACCCACCAGAAGCGUCACAUCCAUCCACGACUCAUCCACCGGGCGCCGCAGAAUAAAACCAACCACCCUCAGCAGCCGCUGUUUUCCGCCUUCAGCUCCGGUCCAUCGAGCUGCUCGUGCCACCACGGCCAUGACAGCUCAGCCCAGAUACCCACAAUGCACAGCAACAAAAGCACCUCACCUCAGUUUCUUCUUCUUCUUCUUCUACUUCUUCUUCUUCUUCUCCUUCUACUGUUUGUCAAAUAUCUCCCGUCUCCUCUGGAAUCCGUUCACUGCCUUCCAGCCGAGGCAGCUACCCACAACUCACACUCGCACACAGACAAGCGCAUACACACAAGCACAGGCACACACACACGCACACACACACACACUGUACAGAGCUGUAUAUAGCGAAUAUGUGCUUUAUUCUGAUCUCAUGAAAAAGUAGACUGUUGAAUCCUUACUGGUUAUGUGGCGUGCUGCGUGUUUAUUAUGGAGAUUUUUCGCUGUAUCUUUCAUGCAAACACAUACACACAACUAGGUGGAUAGUCUAACCGAACACUCGUCUGUAUAAAUAAUAAGCCAGUGAAUCGGAAAAGCCAUGUUUAGGUAGAAACUCUACAUUCUCUUCUCUUUAGCGUAACGUCGUCGUCAAAGACUCGAGCUCUCAAAGGUGUGUCUCCCUUUUCGUACUCGUUUACGUGCACACACACACACAGUUACAUGCACAAAUUAAUGCUUUCUUUCAAAAUUCGAGCCAGGGAUCCUUGUCGCGAGAGGAACUGCUUUGAACUUUGGGAAAUGGAGUCGGAGGCAGUGGAACGUUAAGAAGGCUCAACCUGUGCCAAAAAAAACUGAGCGAUAAAAACGAAGAGAAUGCCUGAUUCUGUCCUCGUCUCCCUACUGCCUGCCGGAAAGACUCUAACAAAAGGGGAGGGGGGGGAGAAAAAACCUCAAAGGGAAUGCCCCCCUCCCCCCCAGAAACGAGGGAAGAGGAAAGACUCUUGCGAGGGAGAGAUAAAUGUAACGACACAUUUGCCAGGUGCUAUGUAAAGCAGUCAAGGCGAUCAGGACUGAGGAGGAACAGAAACCUUUUUGUUAAUGUGUUUUUUUUGUUGUUGUUUGUUUGUUUUUCAUUCAGGGAUGUGAUCAGGAAUAUAAAAAGCAGUAUACAAGGAAUGGAAAUUAUCUCCUGAAACCUCCCGUAAAAUAAAACAAAAAAAACAAAAAAAUUCCCUGAUAAAUAAUGUUACAGUGUUCAAAAAUCAAGGAGUGGAGUGGGUGAUAUUAUUUUAUUUUAUUUUAUUUUAUUUUAUUUUAUUUUAUUUUAUUUUAAGCUAACAUUCAGGAUGUGAAACUGUGACCAACUAGUAUAUUGUUUUUUCUUCAGUGCUGUUGUUUCUUUUAUUAAUUAUUAUUUUGUUUUUUUGUUUUUUUAUCAGUCUUAAGCCACCGGUUUCAUUUUCUUUCUGCUUUGUUUUUACCCACAAGCACAAAUGCGAGAAGUAAAACUCACUGACACUGCCAGUGGCUUUUCCUCCCGCUCCCGCAACUGUACAGUGUAUAGAAACAGUAGUCGUGAACCCGUGCGUGCGAUCGUGUGCGUGCGUGCGUGCGUGAGUGACAUCACUGCAGCGUGAUUGGCUAUCGCUCUAUCUCGGUGUUACUCUGUGUGAGUGCAGUGAACCGGUGUGUCCCGAGUGGCACCGAGCAAACGCCGGCCCGUCUAGUCCGCGCUACGUCGGGCUGCGCACGUGUCCAUGCACGCGCUUCACAAGCACACGCGACCCACGCUGCAGUCAUCGUUCAAAACGCAUCCUCCCCCGUUUCCAUUCUCCCGUAGAGCUGUAGUAACUGCACGCCCUCCCUUUCUCCCCUGCACUGAUUUGCAUUAUGGUUGAAGUUGUAGUUGGUAAAUGCAUUUCAAAGAAAAAAAGUAAAGAAUAAUAAUUUCAAAAAAAUGAGCGAGCAGAGCCCUAACAUCCAAACACCUUUUUCCUGUACAGCAUUUUAAUAUUGUAUUAUUAAUCAACGACCACUUCUCUCGUAUUAGCGAGACAAUCUUACAUGUGUGAUUUUACUAGAAAAGGAAAAUGUCCACGUGAUGGUAACAAUGCUACCUAUGGUUUAGUACUUUACAGUGUUUUAUUGCACCACGGACGCAGACAGUGUUAAGACCUGUGGGACUAGUCGCUGAUUUAAUGGCCUUUCAUAAUGUUUUUAAACUCUUACAACACUCAUCAUAUCACGACAUGUUUUCUUCUUUUUUUUUCCUUUUUUCUUUUUUUAAAAACAAAUCUUCUCUGUCUUGUAAAAAUCAGACGUUAAAGAUAAAAUAAUAGCUAGCUGUUUUGUAGGAGAAUAAAGGCGAGAGCAGCGUUUUUCCUCUCUUAUUAAUGGUGAAUGACUCUCUUGUCUUGCAAUGUUUUAAUAAGACUAUUCCAGUGUGGUCUGCACAUCUGACUUAAAGGUGUAUUUGAAGGUCUGUGCUGAUGCUUUCAGAGAUCCGACCAAUAUCUGGCACAGUACGUCUCGGUCUAAAAACGAAAAAGAACCACGGUCACUUUUAAGAGUGUGUGUGUGUGUAUAUAUGUGUGUGUUUGUGUGUGUGUGUGUGCGGCAUUCACAGGGCUUCAAAUACACCUCUGUACAGAUGUGAGAGACAAGACAAUGUUUUCUAUGGCUGUUUUCAUUUUCUGAUGGUUUAACUAAGAUAUUAAUAAUAUACAUGUCGAAACUGUGGUAAUGAAAUCAUUCAGCCUGGAAUAAAUGUUUAAAAAAAAUGAAAAAAGAAAAGAAAUUAAAGCAACUUUAACGUAAAAAAAAA